AUGAUAGUGAGUAAUAUUGCUUAACUGUUGUAAACUAUUAACCAACAACAGCAGCUUAUGAAACUAUUUAGCACCUGCCUUGCCCUCUCCCUUUUCAUAAUCAUAUGAACUGGAAGACAAGGUGGAUACGCUUAAAUGUAAGUGAUGGACCACUUCAAAUCGGUGUUUAAGACUCGUGGGAAUCAACUAGAGACAACUAAAAAUUCUUUGGAGUUCUUCACAAAUAAACUGCUUGAUCUGAGAGGGUGCGGUGUGCUGACAGAGUCCAAGACGAUAAAGAGCCGUGAAUUGGACUUGGCCCUGUUUACACUUGCUAUUACACUUCUUCCAGAGGUAGCUGAAAACACAUUUGACCAGACUGCUGUCAUGGUGUGGACACUCAUGUGGUCAAAUGCAUUCAAGCAGCUGCUAAAGAUGCCUACUGACCUAAAGUGAUGUAACGAUUGGACAGAGCAGACACACAAUUAUUUGUUACAUUUCACAAAUAAUCUUUAAAACCAACAAGCCAGCUAUGUGUUGGAGUUCUGGGGACGACCCCCGAAAGCAACUAACACCCCAGAAGGCUCAGUUGCCAGGGCUACCAUCUGACAAACACACUGGUUUUAUUGCUCAAAGGAAUGCAGGCAGAGCAACACUCACUUCAUUCACUCAUAGGAAAGACACACAAUGCCAUAGAAAUGGACUCUUCCCUAUUCAUUCACAGACAAACCUUUCUAUGAACACACAUAUCCUUCA